AUGGAGCUGAACGAUGUAAUUGUGAAUCAACCCGUCGUUAUAGAUAAUGGCUCAGGCGUCAUCAAAGCUGGCUUCGCCGGUGAUCAGAUACCAAAAUGCCGGUUUCCAAACUAUAUCGGUCGUCCAAAACACGUACGUGUUAUGGCGGGUGCGUUAGAAGGCGAACUUUUCGUAGGGCCAAGAGCCGAAGAACACAGAGGCCUUCUAAGCAUUAAAUAUCCUAUGGAACACGGCAUCGUGACAGAUUGGAAUGAUAUGGAGAGGGUGUGGAAUUAUAUAUAUAGCAAGGACCAACUAUCGACCUUCUCGGAGGAACAUCCAGUUCUUCUAACUGAAGCUCCCCUAAACCCUCGCCGCAACAGGGAGAAGGCGGCGGAAGUGUUCUUCGAGACGUUCAACGUGCCAGCUUUAUUUUUGUCCAUGCAGGCUGUGCUGAGUUUAUAUGCAACCGGUCGCACAACCGGUGUGGUGUUGGACUCUGGGGAUGGAGUGACCCACUCGGUGCCGAUAUACGAGGGGUUCGCGAUGCCCCACAGCAUCAUGAGGGUUGAUGUUGCUGGGAGGGAUGUCACCAGGUAUUUGAGGCUUCUGCUCCGUAAAGAGGGUGUUAACCUCCGUACAUCAGCAGAACUGGAAAUAGUGAAAGCGAUCAAAGAGAGGGCCUGCUACCUCUCACCGAACCCUCUGAAGGAAGAAACCCUGGACUCGGAGAGGGCUCAAUAUACAUUACCUGAUGGUACACAGCUUGAGAUCGGCCCAGCAAGGUUUAGGGCUCCAGAAGUACUGUUCAGGCCUGAUCUCAUCGGUGAAGAAUGUGAAGGUCUGCACGAGGUGCUGAUGUUCGCCAUCCAGAAGUCUGAUAUGGAUCUGCGCAAGGUGCUGUACCAGAACAUCGUGCUUAGCGGUGGCUCCACACUGUUCCGUGGCUUCGGAGACCGUCUUCUGGCAGAAAUACGACGCCUUGCACCCAAGGAUAUGAAGAUAAGGAUCUCAGCGCCCCAAGAGCGGUUAUACUCAACGUGGAUAGGGGGUUCGAUUCUCGCCUCACUCGACACAUUCCGCAAGAUGUGGGUGACCAAGCGUGAGUACGAUGAAGAGGGUCAUAGAGCGGUGCAUCGCAAGACUUUC